GUGGUUUCGGAAGACGUUGAGGUGGCGUCAAAGUCACAAGCUAUCAUGACGAGGGAAUACCAGAAGUUUCGUCGUGUUGGGAUCGCUGGAAUAACGCAGAAAAUAAGAUCUCGACUGCACGGUGAUUAUCCCCAAGAGUCUGUAGCCAAGUAUUUAGCAAGCCCAAGGCCGCAUAACAAGCCUAACCCACAUCGCGGAGAAGAGGAUGCCAUAGGUGUAGCCACCAUAAAGGUGCUCGAAGGGGUCAUUGCGGGUGGGGACCUCUUCAGAAGUCCUCUGUGGGCAUUAAAAGCCCAGAGAGUUACAAGAAUACUGUCCCCACAGGCCACUCUUACUGGGAAUUCAGUCCGCCUUUGCACAAACAUAAACACUCCGGGGAAUUUUCAUACACCCCCGCACUUGACGAGUGUGGCCGAGCGAGGGUCAGCGGAGGGGUGCAAUACACGGCUUUAUAUCAUCGCAAACGGCAGCGCGGCUUGGUGGCUGACCAACAAACCUCCGGAUCCAACGUUGACCGUGGUUGAUCGUCGCGGACUAGCUGCUAGUGUGGCGCCGGAUGCUCUACAAACUUGGCCCCAAAUCACAACCAAUAAUGCGAUAAGGACCUUGCCCCGUUCAGAUGCAACCUUGGAAUACAGAGGAUUCCACCGCGGCACUGCCAGAUAUGUAGGCGCGGUGCUCGAUGCCCCCCACCCUGUUGGCAGGCGGCUUGACCGUGGAGUUGUUGCCUUACACUGGACACCAUUCGUCCGAAAUAAUCCUGCACACAAUGUCAGCCUUCCGGUCUACAAUAUAGUGACGAAAGCGCCGUUCCAACUGCUAGCUACUAGUACUGACUGUUGGCCGCGCUUCAAGACCUUUGGUCUUGUUCUCUGGUUUCGGUCUAGUUCUCGCGCGGUAUUUUUUUUCAUUCAUCCGUCUCCGGCGGAUGGAGAGCAACAGAAAGGGGGUGCAGACGUGGAGAAGGUGUUGUACGAUUCGGGAUUUGGUACGACACACGAACGGGAUGUCGAUCUGCAGCUAUUUUCCGACGUACAUGGAGAUGCAUACUACCUUUUCAGGACCAGGAAGUGCCUCUAGGCUUUUUAUGGUCCAUAAAUCAACUCCCCCCGUCGGGAGUGAAACGAUCAUCACCAUCUCUUUGAUAAAUAGCAGUUCCGUUCAUCCUUCCGCCUCCUCUCUCUUCCCAACGACGGCGCCGCAACCAAUAGCUCAAAACACCUGCAUAAUUAAAUCAUGACCUGUAUGAGGCCCAUAUGUAGCUUUCGCAUGGAUCGUCAAAUUCUCCGUUCUUCGCUUAACAUUCUUCAUGCACUUUGGCGGCUCGUACUCUUGCUAUGUCUCUGUGUGCCCAACCCACGCACGGGGUUCGAUGGUUCGAGUUUGUUGGCGGGGAGUGCUCGGAGCAGGACAUUGCUUGCUGGGAUUUGGAAUGGUGGACGAGGGAGCAUGCUCAAAACUCGUGAUACUGCAGUAUCCUCGGGAAUUUUAUGGUGGUUAAUAUCACUAUUGCCACUUAUUGUUAUUAAU